AUGCUUGAGUCCCUGGUUGCCAACCUUCUGAACCGCUUCCUCGGCUUGUACGUCCGCAACUUCGAUCCCAAGCAGCUCAAUGUGGGUAUUUGGUCCGGCGAUGUCAAGCUUCGGGACCUCGAGCUUCGCCGCGAGGCUCUCGACCAGUUCCACUUGCCUUUGAACGUGGUUGAAGGACACAUCAGCAGCUUGACGCUCACAAUACCAUGGAGCAACUUGCGAGGGAAGCCAGUGCGAAUCAACAUCGAGGACGUCUUCCUACUGGCUGCCCCGAAAGAGGACGAAGAGUACAAUGCGGAGGAAGAGGAGAAACGAGAGCAUGCGGUCAAGAUGGAGAAGCUCGACUCGGCAGAGUUGCUGAAGGAGAGAAAUACGGAGGGCAUGAGUCCAGAGGAACAGCAGAAGCAGCAGACGUUUACUGCUGCGCUCACAACAACCAUCAUCGACAACGUGCAGAUUCAAGUCAAGAAUGUCCAUAUCCGAUACGAGGAUGCACUGUCGGAUCCAGGCCAUCCCUUCGCAGCUGGUAUCACACUUCAGGAGUUGAGUGCUGUCAGCACCGACGAGAACUGGCGUCCAACUUUCAUCCAGAGUGCGAGCUCGACUACGCACAAGCUCGCUACUCUUGGCUCGUUGGCCGUCUACUGGGACACAGAUGCCAAGCUUAUCGGGACAGGUACAGGCAACCCUGGCCCAGAGAAUCAAGGUCGCGAUCAUAAGGAUAUUCUCGAAAAGUUCAGGGCCCUCAUUGUGAAGGGCGACAGUCCGGAAGUGAAUGAGCACCAAUUCAUCCUGAAGCCUGUAUCUGGCCGCGCUGGUCUGGAGAUGGACAAGACGGGAAAGACAGAUCGCGCGAAGAUGAAGGCUCGGCUGCUCUUCAAUGAGCUCGGCUUCGUACUGGACGACACGCAGUAUAGGGACCUACUCAUGCUGGUGGAUUUGUUCCACUAUUUCAUCCGGCAUCAAGAGUACAAGAAGCUACAGCCAACAAAGAGCCCGAAAGAAGACCCGAGGGCAUGGCUGCACUUUGCCGGCAAAGCUGUCUUGGACCGCAUCCAUGACAAGAACAAGCGCUGGUCCUGGGCUUACUUUGCGGAACGACGUGAUGACCGGAAACAGUACAUCACGUUGUUCAAGAAGAAGAAGCGCGAAGAGAAGCUUACGCCCGAUGAAACCAAGGAUCUUGAUCGAUUGGAGCAUAAGUUGAGCUACGAAGACUUGCGCUUCUGGCGGUCGUUGGCACGAAAUCAGCUUCGCAAGGAGAAUGUUGGUGUCAAGAAGGAGCCGCAGAAGCGAACAUGGGGUAGCUAUAUCUGGGGCUCCUCCCAACAACAGGACACCUCCUCCGAUGAGAGCCAGAUGUCUGAGCAGCAGCGCAAAGAACUCUAUCAAGCAAUCGACUUUGAUGAGAAGAAGAACAUUGAGGAGUCUGUGGACAUGCCGAAGGAGGCCAUCAAGUUGCAGGUCGACAUGCAUCUCAAGACUGGCUCUUUCACAUUACGAAGAGAUCCGCACGGCAAGAACACUGACAUGCUAAGACUACUGUUCGACGAUUUCUCCACUGAGUUCAUUCAAAGGACCGACUCGACGCUGCUGGAUCUGAGUCUUGGCGGCAUGAGGCUGUACGACGGGUCGACCGAAGGCAAUCUGUUCGAACAGAUGCUGCGGGUCAAGGAUGCACCUCCUGUGCCCGACAGCCAACGGGUGCAAGAGCUUGGUGAAGAUGACAAGCCAAAGACUGACGGCGCUGCUGAUGCUGGCGACGAGAGUGAUGAGGAAGAAGUGGACCCAUUCUUCAGCAUGUCUUUCGAGAACAACCCACUCGACGGCCGUGCCGAUACAGCUCUUACCGUCAAGCUGAAGGCUAUGGAGAUCAUCUACAACCCCAACUUUGUGGUCCAAGUAACGAAGUUCUUCAAGCCACCGGAGCAACACAUGGAGUCCAUCGGUGCACUGAUGGAGACUGCUGGCUCGACUGUCGAAGGUUUGAGGCAGCAGACGAGAGCGGGUCUGGAGUACGCGCUGCAAGAGCACAAGACCAUUGACGUGCAACUUGACCUGCAAGCGCCUUUGAUCAUCGUGCCCGACUCGGUGACCAAGAAGAGUGCGAUCUGCGUCAUUCUGGACGCCGGUCACGCAUCUGUCAGGUCCGAUCUCAUCGACAAGAGCACGCUUGAAGACAUCCAGAACAAGCAGCGGCAGCAGUACACCGAGAAGGACUUCCAGAAACUCGAGUCUCUCAUGUACGACAAGUUCCAGCUGAAGCUGGAGUCGACGCAGGUCUUGAUCGGAACGACUGUGGAAGAGACGAAGAAGCAGCUCGACGAGAAUGCUGCGAGCAAGAGCUUUCACGUUGUCGAACGCAUCAACAUGGACUUCACGAUCGAGACAUGCAUCGUGCCCAAAGCCGCGGACCUGACCAAGUUCAGAAUUAAGGGACAUCUACCCGUGCUGCAUGCCAUCCUCUCGGAUGCGAAGUACAAAGCGCUGAUGAAGCUGCUCGAUUUCGCAAUACCCAAGUUCGACGAGCCGGCCGGUAAGGAGCAACAGCAACAGAAAAGCAUUGAAGCCCAGAAGAAGGCCAAGCGAAAGAGCAUGCUUCCUGAGGAUAUCAGCAGGCUUCGAGGCAAGUCUUUCCAGGCUUCUCGCGAGGAGCUGGUUCUGGACGAAGAAGAAGGCGAAGAGCAGAAGAAGCGCGAGCGCGAGAAGCAAGCUGGACCGCCAGCUCAGCCAACUGGUGAGAAGAAAAAGCAAGACAGGAACCCUGAACAGCGCAUGUUUGAGUUCCAGUUCACGGCCGACAAGCUGCAAGCGUCGCUAUACCGGUCGGAUCCAGAUGGCAAAGAGGACGGUGAUCAGCUGCUUGUCGACCUUAUCGCCGAGACCUUCCACCUUGAGUUCUACCAGCGGGCUUUUGACAUGGUGGCUGAUGUCCGCUUGAAAGCCUUGACGGUCGAAGACCAUGUUGAAGAGGCGCCUGCGCCGGAGUUCAAGAACUUGAUCUCGAGCGAGGAUCUGUACUCGCAGAAGCAGGAUGACCUCUUGUCCAUACACUUUGUGAAGGUUAACAAGGAUCAUCCCGAGUUCGAUUCGAAGUACGAGGGCAUCGCCACGAACCUAGAUGUGGCGGUGUCGACGAUCAAUCUCAUGGUCACGAGGAAGACUCUGCUCACGCUGCUGGACUUUGUCAUGAUCACCUUCACAGGUGGAGACCAGCAGGCGCCCAAAGAAGAGCCGAAGCAGAUUGAAGGUGCAGAGGAAGGCGUCGAGCAGAAAUCUCAGGAGGCCGACAAGAUUCGCGUCAAGGCUGAGCUGAGGCGCAUUGCUGUCAUCUUGAACAACGAUGGCAUUCGCCUUGCUACGCUAAGCUUGACAUCAGCGCAAGUGUCUGUGUUGCUGAUGGGCAAGACGAUGCAAGUUGGUGCUAAGCUUGGCAAUCUAUCACUCGUCGACGACAUCAACCAGGGUGUCUCGGAGCAGUCCUCGCUCCGCCAGCUCGUGUCCAUCCAAGGCGAUGAGCUGGCCGACUUCAGGUAUGAGACACACGAUCCCGACUCAAACUCCUACCCCGGCUACGACACCACGAUCUUCCUGCGCUCCGGAUCACUCAAGGUCAACUUUGUCACUGAGCCUUUCCGCAAGAUCAUGGAGUUUGGCAUCAAGUUCGGCAAGAUGCAAGCCAUCUUCAACGCCGCGCGCCAGGCGGCAGCGAACCAAGCGAACAAGGUGCAGGAGAGCGCGAGCAAGAUGCACUUUGACAUCGCCAUCAAGACACCAAUCGUGGCCUUCCCAAGAAUGGUGAUUACGGAGAACCCUGAGCGCGACCUUAUGACGGCCUACCUCGGUGAGAUCUACGCGAACAACAAGUUCGUGCCCCUCGAAGGGCCGGAGGCUGGGGGCUUGACGGCGAACAAAUUGUCGGCUGGUAUUCACAACAUCAAGCUUACGUCGACCUUCCAUUAUGAAGGCGGCAAGUCUGAGGAGCUUGAGAUGAUCGACAAGGUCGAUAUGGACUUCAAUAUCACUCAGACGGAGCACAAGCCUGGCCUCGAGCGGCCGGAUACUGAGAUUGAAGGAUCGAUGAGCAACAUCAACUUGCGUGUCACAGAGACGCAGAUGAAGUUCGCCAUGGAGCUGUCCAGGAACAUUCCGCAGGCUUUUGCAACGGAGUCGGACGAGGAGGUUGAGGAAGAGGUCGAAGAGGACUUGCCCGAUAGUCUGUUGAAGAAGGCAGAGACCUCACAGUCGUCGAGUGGCGAGCAGACGCCUGCCGAGCAGCAGCUCACUCAGAGUCCCUCUCACCAAGGCCCUGAACUUGGCGAAGGCAAGGAUACGUGGACGAAGCUGGAUCUCAUCUUCAAGAUCGGCGCGAUUGGUCUCGAACUCGUGCAUGGCAGGGCGGAUCAACCCGUUGGCGAUCUCGAGGCUGCGAGUCUCUCAAAGUUCUCGCUCAAUGAGACCAGCGUCAAGUUGCGCAUGAUCAGCGACGGGGCGCUGGAAAGCGAGCUCCUUAUCCAGUCUUUCACGAUCACGGACACGAGGACGAAGGAAAAGAAUAAGUUCCGCAAGAUUAUGUCGUUGAUCAACACCGAUGUCAAACAGCAGUUCAUGGCUUCCGUGUCGAUUUCUGGAGGCGAUGAUAAGAACCUGAUUGCCCUGCUUACGAUCGAUAGCCCGAGGAUCAUCCUGGCGCUGGACUACUUGUUCGACGUGCUGAACUUCGUCAACGUUGGCUUAGCGCAAGACGCACCGCUUGUGGUCGAGGACGAAACAGAAGACGAAAGCAAGGACGACGAUGAUGAUGCCGCUAGUGUCGACACCCAAGAGCUCGUCGAGCGCCAGAACCAGGCCGGCUCUGAGACCGAGGAGAAGCAGAGUGGCGGCAUGAACAUCUCCUACCGCGUUAACAUUGUGGAUGCGCAGGUCAUGCUCAUUGCCAACCCGGCUAUUAGCAACUCCGAAGCCAUUGUGCUCGGGACGAAGCAGGUCCUUGUGUCGCAGCAGCAUGCCAUGACGGUGCAGGUUGAGAAGAUUGGCAUGUUCCUUUGCCGGAUGGACAAGUUUGACGAUACGCGCUUGCGCAUUCUAGACGACUUCAGCAUUCAGACGUCAUUGGAUAUGUCGUCGCAGGGCAAGGAUUCGUCGAUGAUGAGUAUCCAUGUGGAUAUAGAGCCACUGGUACUGAGACUGUCCCUGCGGGACAUCAUGCUGGCGAUGCAGAUCUUCAACCGCGCAUCGGCGAUGUCGACUAGCCAGGACAAGAAGAUGCAGGAUGAAGGGCCGAAGAAGAUUGCGCAGGUCAAGGGCGCGACUCCUUCGACGAAGCCGAAGUCCACCAAGAAGACCGUGGGCAGUACGACCCAGCGAGGCGGCGCGAAGACCAUCAGCACAAAGAAGAGCGUCCAGCCGAAGGAGGCCGAACAGCCCAUGGGCUCCGCCGUGCUCAAGCGUGAGGAAAUGCGCGUGCAGAUGGGAGGUAUCCGCGUCGUGCUCAUCGGCGACCUGCACGAGCUCCCGAUCCUGGACUGGAGCGUGAAGAAAUUCGGCGUCGAGGUGCGCGACUGGACGGGCAACAUGACCGCCGACACGAGCAUUGAUACGUUCUUCAACGUGUACAACUUUUCGAAGUCGGCGUGGGAGCCGCUCAUUGAGCCCUGGCAGCUCGGGUUCCAUAUGGCGAAGGAGUCGCACCCGGAUCGCUUGGCUGUGGAGCUGUAUUCGCGCAAGUCGCUCGAGCUGACGAUCACGUCCGCGACCAUUGCGCUGGCGUCGAAGUCGGCGCAGUUCUUGUCUUCGGAUGAGGAUGUGCUGUCGAAGCCACGAGGGAACGAUGCACCCUACCGCAUUCGCAAUUGGACAGGCUUCGAGGUCGACGUCUGGACUAGUGGUGACUCGGACGACGAAGGCCAGGCCGCGAAGUUGCAGGACGGCGAGGAGAAGCCGUGGCGGUUUGAGGACCCGACCACCACCCGUGAGACGCUGUCGCCUGAAGGACAAACAGGCGUCAUUGGCGUGAAGCUCGCGGGUAGCGGGUUCGAUAGCGUCGAGCGCAUCCAGGUCAACCGCGAAGGCGAGGUUUUGUACAAUCUCAAGCCGCCGAAAGACAAGAUCAAGCAUCGCAUGCUUGUCGACGUCAAGCUGGGAACGGACAAUGUCAAGUACAUCACCCUUCGCUCCCCUCUGCUGGUGGAGAACAACACGCAGAUUCCCGUGGAGCUCGGCGUCUUCAGUCCCGAAGAAGGCCAUUUGCUCAAGAUCGAGAAGAUUGCACCUGGAGAAUCCAGACCUUCGCCGGUGGGCGCUGCGUUCAUGCAUUCGCUGGUUGUGAGGCCGGAUCAAGGGUUCGGGUAUACGUGGUCGACGGAGCGGUUGUUCUGGAAGGAUUUGUUGAAGAGGCCUGUGAGGACGUUGACGUGUCAGGGCGAGCAGGACAAUCAUUCUCCGCCAUUUUACUUUCAGAUGCAGUCGGUGUUUGACAAGAAUAAUCCGUUGACGAGUGUAUACCCAUACCAGCGGAUCCGCCUGUCUGCGCCCAUCGAGGUUCAAAACUUGCUGCCGUACGACUUCAAGUACCGGAUCUACGAUAAGAACACCAAGAAGGACUGGACGAACUUCCUGCGCGCAGGUGGCGUGAGCCCGGUUCACGUAGUCGAGCUCUCGCAUCUCCUACUCAUGAGCGUCGACAUGCAAGACACGCCGUUCAAGGCCAGCGACUUUGCUAUCAUCAACUCGACCAACGAGAACGACUUCAGACGUGAGAAGAACCUGGUCGUCAAGGACAACAACAACUUGGAGCUGCGGUUGAAGAUACAUUACUUCAAUGUCCCGGACAGUGGUGGUGCUUUCAAGAUCACGCUGUACAGUCCUUAUGUCGUGCUCAAUAGGACUGGAAUGGAGCUUGAUAUCAAGACCAAGGCGUACUUUGGCUCGACCAAGUCUGCUGCUGGCACGCAAGCGACGUUCGCGGACACGGAAGAGGAUGGCCAGAGGGCCAAGCCGUUCAUGUUCUCGUACCCGACUGAUGACCGAAGGAACAGAGCGCUCAUCAAGGUGGGCAAGUCUGGAUGGAGUCAGCCGGUUAGUUUCGAUGCCAUUGGUGCUGCGAUGGAUGUCAAGCUGCCUGCGCAGUCUGGUCGCGAAGAGAUGCAUGCUGGUCUGAUUGUGGAAGAGGGUGAAGGCAAGUACAAGCUCACCAAGGUUGUUACCGUCACGCCCCGCUUCGUGGUCAAGAACAGGCUGGCAGAGGAGAUUCAGAUCCGUGAGCCAGGGUCUUCUGAUGCUUCGACCUUGAAAUCGGGCGAGAUGCACCCGCUGCGGUUCUUGAAGCAGAGCACAGGCCAACAGCUGUGCUUGUGCUUCCCCGGUGUCAACAACUCCUGGUCUUCGCCGUUCGACAUUGCGAACACCGGAAGUGUGCAUGUCAAGAUCGCGAAGUCCGGCGAGCGGCAGAGACUCAUCCGAGUCGAGAUCUUGACCGAAGGCGCCAUGAUCUUCCUGCACCUCAGCAUGGAGACGAAGCACUGGCCUUUCUCCAUCCGCAACGAGAGUAGCCAGGAGUUCCUCUUCUGGCAAGCAAACCCGAACGUUGACGAGGACGAGGAAGACCGCGGCUCCGGUUGGAAGCCAGUCCGGUACAGACUGCCACCUCGCAGCAUCAUGCCGUAUGCUUGGGACUAUCCGGCGAGCAAAAACAAGAAUCUGGUUCUGGGUGCCGGUGGCAAGGAACGCCACGUCAAGUUGGCUGAGAUUGGCAACCUCAUUCCGAUGCGUGUCCCACCUGCGCAGGGCCAGCAGCGGCAGAGGAUCAUCGAUCUGAAUGUUGUUGCCGAUGGACCGUCGCAAACGCUUGUCAUUUCCGAUUUCAAGCAAUCGAAGAGCAUCUACAAGCAGAAGUCUGCUUCCACCAGUGCUUCGACGACCGCAGGCUUCGAGGUCAAAGAGCAAGACGACGAUGUCACGAUGAAGGCUACCGUUCGAUUUGCUGGUGUCGGUUUGUCGCUUGUCAACUCGCAGCUACGCGAACUGGUCUAUGCGACAUGGCGAGACAUCGAGCUGAAGUACACCGACUCGCAACUGUACCAGUCAGUGGCUCUCACCGUCAAGUGGAUCCAGAUCGACAAUCAGCUCUACGGCGGUAUCUUCCCUCUCAUCGCUUAUCCGAGUGUCGUACCCAAGACUGGCAAAGAGAUGGAGGCGCACCCGAUCUUUCGCACUGUCGUCACUCGCGUCAAGGACGACUCGUACGGUGUGCUGUACAUCAAGUACUUCACCUUCCUCAUGCAGCAGAUGACUAUCGAGAUCGACGAAGACUUCAUCUUCGCCCUGCUCGACUUCACCAAGGUACCUGGUGCUUCCUGGACCGAAGAGCAAGAAGGCAAGCUUGCUCCUGAGAGCCUGGACAUCCCGGAGCCGACGCAGGAACAGUCUGGUCAGGACAUCUACUUUGAGCUGCUCCAGCUGCAGCCCAUGCAGUUCGAUCUGUCGUUUGUGCGGACCGAGCGCAUCAACGCCGAGGACACUGGGAGCUCGUCUUCCAACCCGUUCAUGUUCGCCGUCAACGUGCUGACGAUGUCCAUUGGCAAUGUCAACGAUGCGCCCAUCCGCUACAAUGCGCUGAUCUUGGAGAACGCGAGGGUGUCGAUGAACGCUCUGAUCAGCAACGUCAAGAGCCACUACGUGCAAGAAUCGCUAGGACAGAUACACAUCGUCAUCGGCUCAGCAGACUUCCUCGGCAACCCUGUCGGCCUGUUCAACAACAUCAGCUCUGGUGUCGCAGACAUCUUUUACGAGCCAUACCAGGGUCUCGUCACCGACAGACCACAAGAUCUCGGAUUGGGCAUCGCCAAGGGAGCUAGCAGCUUCGUCAAGAAGAGCGUCUUCGGUCUCUCCGACAGCGUUUCCAAGUUCACCGGCAGCAUCAGCAAGGGUCUCGCAGCGGCAAGCAUGGACAAGGAGUUCCAAGACCAGCGCCGCAUGUCCCGCUCCCGUAACCGGCCAAAGCACGCCCUCUACGGCAUCACUUCCGGCGGCAACGCCUUCGCCAACAGCCUUGCAAGCGGUAUCGGCGGCCUCGCUCGCCAGCCCAUGCAAGGCGCUGAGAAAGAAGGAGCAGCCGGCUUCGUCAAAGGUGUUGGAAAGGGCCUGCUCGGCCUCGCGACCAAACCUGCCAUCGGCGCCUUCGACCUCGCGUCCAACAUGGCUGAAGGCGUGAAGAACACCACCACCGUCUUCGACCAAGAAGGUCUCGACCGCGUGCGUCUCGCCCGCUUCAUCGGCCUCGACGGCAUCGUGCGCCCGUACAGCCAGCGCGAAGCGCUCGGGCAGUUCUGGCUCAAAACUAUCGACAAUGGCAAGUACUUCAACGAACAGUACAUCGCGCACCUCGAGCUCAACUCCGGCUCGCAAGGAGACCGACAAGGCGGCGCCGCACAGUCCCCUUCAACCCCCAGCGGUGGUUCCCGCGGCCAAGGCCAGCAGAGCGAAGCCUCAAUGCUGGUGAUGAUCACGUACAGCGCCAUCAUGCUCGUGCGCGCGCGCCGGCUGACGACGGAGUGGGAGGUGUCGUUGAAGGACGUGCAGACGAUUAGCAAAGAGCGGACGGGGAUGAGUAUUAUUCUCAAGGGCGGGACGAAUGGGCCUUUUAUCCCGAUUGCGGAUGAGGGGAGCAGGAAUUGGGUGUAUAAGCAGGUUGCCGUGGCGGUGAAUGCGUAUAAUGAUAAGUGGAAUGCUAGGGGUUGA